GCUGAGCAUGUACCGUACCUUUCGCCUUCUUGAGAGCUGACUGAGCUGCGUGAUCCUGAAUUAGCCUCUCAAAAAGAGAAAUUCUUGUCCCUUUUGCCUGGAUCAGGACCGCUCAUCAGAAGGUUACGUUUUGGUCAACAUUUUGUCGGCACAAUAGAAUCAUGUCUGACUACCAAGGAGCUCCCCCACAAUACCAAGAGAAGAGCCAAGGAUCUGCAGGAGGAAUGGAAGAUACCCCUCCCCCUCCUUAUGCACAAGGACCAGACCAGCCCAGCUACCCUGCAGCCAAUCCUGGCUAUCCAAUGCAGCCCCCUCCUGCAUCAGGGUACACUGUCCAGCCCCCACCCACGGCCGGCUACCCAGUCCAACCCCCACCUGCUGCCGGCUACCCAAUGCAACCUCCACCCGGUGCCGGCUAUCCAAUGCAACCCCCACCCGCUGCCGGCUACCCAGUGCAACCCCCACCCCCUGCCGGCUACACAGUGCAACCCCCACCAAUGAACACAGCCUACACUGCUCAACCACAGGCAGUAAACCCCAACAAUGUUGUGAUUGUUAGUCAGCCUGGUCUUGUGUUCCAUCAUAACCUGAUCUUCCGGGAUGCCCCUGUUGUUUGUGCCUGUCCUAACUGCCACAGUCAGGUCACGUCUAACGUCCGGCGGGAGAUAGGAGGACUCACUCUCCUCAUCAUGGGAGCUCUAUGCAUCUUUGGACUUUGGUUCUUCUGCUGUUUGAUUCCUCUGUGCAUUGAUGCCUGCAAGGAUGCCGUUCAUACCUGUCCUGUGUGUAAACAUCAAUUAGGCCGCUGGAGUCAGCUUUAGGUCCAGGACCAAAAACCAGUCCCAAUAAUAAGACCUGUGUGUAAACAUCAGUUAGGCCGCUGGAGUCAGCUUUAGCUCCAGGACCAAGAACCAGUCCAGCAUUAAGCCCUGCAUGUAUGUAACGAUCAGUUAGGCCACUGGAGUCUACUUUAGGUUCAGGACCAAGAACCAAUCCAGCAUUGAGCCUUGCAUGUGUGUAACCAUCAGUUAGACUGCUGGAGUCAGCUUUAGGUCCCGGACCAAGAACCAGUCCAGCAUUAGGCCAUCAGUUAGGCUGCCUGACUCAGUUUUAGAUCCAGGACCAAGAACCAGUCCCAACAAUAAGCCCUGCGCGUAACCAUCAGUUAUGUGGCUGAAAAUGCAGCUCCACUGCCCAUGUCCCCAAACAAAUCAUUUUUAAACUUUGUACAUAUAUAUUAUCUACUACUACUAAAGAGGAGCUUCAUAUCUGUUUUUAGGAUAAGAAGUCGAUCUAUGAAACCGUAUUUAUCACAAUUAUUAUCACAAUAUAGUAUUACACCAAAUAGCAUUAUAUCUAGAAUGGUUUUAUUUGUAUUUUUCUCUGUUUUAUUAUGUAUGUUUUGAUAUUUUUUAGAUUGUGUAUUGUGUAUAUAUCGUUCUUUAUUUGCUUUGUGAAAGGUCUUUCAAUAUAAUUAUUUAGCUGAUGUAUAAUCUUCUUUAAGGCAAUGUAGCAAAUCCUGUGGCACAUUAAUUGUGCACCUUUUUACUUAAGGACUGUAUCCAGCCCAUCUACAAUCAUGUAGAUCCAGGAUCUAUCUAGCUAGACAUGAUAGACAUGUAACAUAGCAUAGGUAGCAAUUUGGAUUUGGGUAUAGUACUAGCUUCAGUCUGAAGAGGUACAUAUAAGACACAAAGCUCAUUCCAUCUAGAUAUUGUUAUAAUCUUCACGCAAUAUUCUUGCAUUUAUGUAAUUUAAAAAAACUUUGUUUAUGUUUUUUUCACUGCUAGUACUACUCUGUGUGCACUUUGCGUUGGAUAUCUUUGUAGGUUUUAUUGAAAUAGAAGAGAUCAACGUAAUAGGACCAAAUACAAAUGAUAUAUUCAAGGUUAGAAAAAGGACCAUAAAGUUCAAAGUAUGUAAAUUAAUGUAUAAUAUCAUGUAUUUAAUACCCUUUCAUAUUAUUAUUACUCAGAGGUUUUUAUAAUCAAACAGCAAAUAUGAACAAAU